AUGAGUCGAGGCUAUUACGUGACCAGGAAGUACAACAGCGAGCCGUGGCCCGUGGCCUUCCAGAGCUUUCUCGAGAACGACUUGGACGUUCUCAAGGAGUACUUCGGUGCCUCAGAAGGAGCUGAUCUGAUCCCGGCAAACCGACCUGGAGAGGAGGCUCCGUUCAAGCUCUUGCAGUAUGACGUGCUCAUGAAGCAGGCUGGGAGGGUCACCAAGGCAAACAUUACACAGGUGAGGGCGGCAGUGGAAGCAUAUCUCUUGAAAAGCUCAAAGCAGACCGCGGAGGCAAAAGCUCUCCAGGUUUUCCUCGGGCAUUCUGCACAGGUCAGUGCACAGCACUACCAACCGAGGCUUUGUCUUCUAAGCUACAUGCGGCCUCUGAUGCCAGGCAGUGAAACUGCUUUUGAACCAUACUACAUCCGUCCAAAGCCCAAGCCACUAGGCACCGAUGCCUCGCCCGAAGCAUUUUAA